AUGCACGGCGCUGGGAGCAGGUUUCUCGGCAGUCGAGGAGGAGAGGUGUUCCAGACGGUCAUGGUCAGGGUCGACAUACACAGCGGAGUCGAAUGUUGGCAGUCAAGUACGAAUCAUUACACAUUGGGAAGGAUGUAUCAUUCGUCGAAUGAAGACAUGAGAAGGAAGUGGAUGGUGGACGAAGAGUGCCAGAGAGGAUCGCACAUGUUCUGGGCCAGCUUCGCAGACAGCUCGUUACUCUGGUUAGACAAGCCGGCUACAACCCCUACCGCGUUCUCGAAGGACAGUACUUACUCUGUAGGCCGGCGAUGUUCAACGAGGACUCCAAAUGGGCCGUCCAACUUCUCCUGCUCGCUGGCUCUCCAUCCCGGUUCCUGCGCUGCACCGCGUGAUACUACCAGGCUGUAUGCGCGCAGUUGGAAGUCGGGGCUUCCGACUCGGGUCUUCACAGACACUCCCCGUGCUCUACGUCGCACGCUCUCGUUUCCUCUGAACUCGACAGAUCCUGUCAAACUAGCUGCGAUCGAAUGGCUCGUUGACCGGGGAGCGCAUAGUGCAGGGGCACUGAUCGUGGUCAUAAACCCGGCGCACGCUUCCUCUCGACACACGCCACGCAUACGACCCCGAGAGGUCAGAAGGAGGACUCACGGUACCGGCCGUGUGGUCGCAAUGCAGAUUCCGACGCUCUCCUGGCAAGGGCGAGGGUUGUCGAGGGGAAAUCAGUGUUUGUGCGUCCCGGAAUGCGGGUAUCCCACCGCCUCCCGCCCCCAAGUCUGCUGUGACAUCGAUGAUGUACAAGUCGAUAUAGCUGCUGGACCGCUGGCGGAUUCGCUGAGCGAGUGCCACCGUCUCACGGGCCAUUACAAUUACCUCGGACCCGAUGGUAUACUUGCCAUGAUGGCCGAUGCCAUCUGUAGGGCUCAAUCUCAGGUACUUCCACGCUCGCUUCCCGCGACUGUCUCGGUUGUUUACUCGCUGCUUGCCAAAAACGAAAGAGUCGAGACGAGACUCCUCACUCCGACCGGGGUUCAAGCUGAGAUUCUGUCAUUCGCUGGCCGACGAGCUGCUGAUGAUUUCAAAAGGAAAGUCCGCGCACAUCGAAGGUCCGCUUGCAAUCUCGGUACCGCAGCGUGGAGCAUACAGGCACGCGAAAUGCGACGUACGGCACUUGCAGAGAGCACAGAAGAUACAGACCAGGCACUUCCGAUUCUCAACCUCGUGUCGAUCGCGACGGGGAUCGCUAGGCCUGUUUCGCCGAGAAUGCUAUUCGCAUCCGCUCUCGGGACGAAGCAUGGCUUCAAUCCCCGACCGGGUGUUUACGCUGUACGUUUAACGGGGUUGUCUCAUACUCUCUCCGUACGGUUUCUUCACUACCGGCUCGAGCAGCGCCGCUUGAUGAUUCUGCGCGCCGACCUCGUACGGUCUGUUGUUCGAUCUGUGUUUCCUGCAGAUCCCUCGAUCGACGACGAAUGGGCCGGUAUCUCGCUGGAUCACACGCUAAGUAGGCCGGAAGGAACGUCCCGACGCCCAGUUCGCACAUUGGGCGACGACGACGCAGCCGCGUAG